UUUAGAUUUCCCUUUUCUGAUGGUGUAUGAUAAAACUUCGUAGUUUUGUUUAUAUAAUUUUGCCACAACCUCCACUUAAAUUAUUAAUGAUUUAAUCUGAAACACGACAAUUUUAGAGGCAGUGGUGGUAAAAACUAUUUAACGUUCAACUGGCAAUGUCGGGUGCUAGACCAACUUCAGAUGACACAGACAGAUUACAACCUCCGCCUGACCAACGUAGCUCCCCACCUAGAAAUUCUGAGAAGCCAGUACCUGCUAGGUAUAUAGUUGAAGCUGAAAUGACAACAGUCAAAUUGCCAGUGCUAACCCCAAAGCCUGAUUUCCUCAAAGUAAUUCAUCUUGGAGGUGGAGUAGGCCAGACUUUUACAAUGGCAGAGAUUAUUCAACAUGUUAAAGAGUACAUAAGGGAGAGAACCCUGUAUGAUUUACAAGACCCAAGGAUAGUUCACUGUGGUGGGGAUCUGCUGGGUAAAGCAUUGAAUGUGGAGUCUUUCACAAUACAUGAAGCCAUAGCUUUGUUCAGGAAAAAUUGCACCUGUAGACAACUUGUAGCUCGAGAAGUGUGUUCAAGGAUGUUGCCAACCCCUUCCACUACAGCUCUACCCUCCUCCACAACGCUACCCUCCACCACCUCACUACCCUCCCCCUCAGCACCAAGACCUUCACCUUCCUCCACUGCAUCAACAACUGUACCAUUCUCCACAACACGAACUAUAUCAACCCCCUCCACAACUCGAACCAUAGCAUUUUCUUCCAAUAGAGGCACACCAUCUUCCAGUGCAAGAACACUACCGUCAUCAUCUUUCACAACACACCCAUCCUCAUCUGUCUCAAAAACAUUACCAUCCCCAUCCGUCACAAGAACAGCACCCUCCCACCUGAGCACCAGUUCUGUUACAGAUAGCAUUACAUCCAGGGGAUCCCAUUUCCCGCAUUCUUUCAACAAAAAUACGUCCUUACCAGGCUCUAGAAUAUUCCAAACUUUUUCAUCACAGACAUCAGUGCCUCAGCCCUCGUCUUCCUCAUUUCCUUCUUCAUCGUUGCCUUUUUCAUCAUUUUCAUCCAAGUUUAAAGCUGCAGACGCAGUAGUAAUCAUCACAAAAGAAAAUUUGAAGCAAUCUGAGGUUGUCACAUCAUCAGAUGAUGAGAGGCACAAAGUCCCUGGAGCUUCUGGCUAUGAUGAACCUGACAGUGCUGGCAGAUUACGGGUGGGGGAAGAUGAUAUAGAGACGGAUGGCGUGGAUCAGCCUGGGGGAGACACAGUUGUCUUGGCCUAUGACUCAGACACUUUCUCCGUGGAAUAUGAGAUUGAGUCCAGCUCAGACACUGAUGGACACAACGUUCACGAUGACCAGGACCAGGAAUCUGAUGUCAGCUCGUCCACAUCUGGGAAGGGCGCCCUGCUGAUAGUGUGUAAGGAGAGUGAUGUGGAGUACCUGGCAGACUACAGUGACUCAGACAACGGCAGUGACGCAGAGUUGUCAGAAGCUGACAAAUGGCUGUGCCAGACUUGCAACACAAAGAACCCACCCUUUCAGAGGAACUGCAGCGGCUGUUGGAGCAUCCGUCUAGACUGGCUGCCCACAAGCACCAGCAGACCAGAGCCAGCCCAUGAAGAGAUCCAGACAGCCAAUUCAAGUUCGUCUGAAACUCCAGGCUGCUCUCAGACUACCUUGAGCCAGGACAGCACCAAGGUCAAGUCCAGUCAGGACAAGGACCUGACCUCCGACUCUUGCGACUGCCAGGACAGCGAGAUGGCCAGUCCGCCGCCGAGCCAGUCGGCGUCGAAACGGGAUGAGUCGUGCGUGGUGUGCCUGACCAGAAAGAAAACGGCCAGCAUCAUCCACGGCAAGACCGGACACCAGGUUUGUUGUUACCGCUGUGCGAAGAAGCUGAAGAGACAGCGCAAGUCUUGUCCGAUAUGUCGCAGGCCCAUCCAAAAAGUGAUCAGAAACUUUCAUCUGUAGAGUAAAAAAAAAACAAUACCACAUAUGGCAAGACCAGAUAGUGAUUGUCCAUUGUUGAUCUGAUUUGUUCUUAUUUAUGAUUCUAAUAUAUUAAAGCCAGUAUGUUGAGGGCUAAA